AUGUCGUCUUCAUCUAAUACAUAUCGUAUUACAAUUGUUGGUGCUGGUAUUAUUGGUUUAACAACAGCAUGUACUUUAUUGAAAGAAUAUGCAACAAAUGAAAAUCUUCAAUUAACAAUUAUUAGUGAAAAAUUUACACCUGAAACAACUGGUGAUAUAUCAGCUGGAUAUUGGGAACCUUAUGGAUUAAAAACUAUUGAUGAAAGAAUACUUCGUUGGGCUGGUUAUACAUAUAAUAUAUUUCUUAGUGAAUUUUUUUCAAUAAAAGCUUCUUGUGGUGGUAUUAUGAAAGUUACAUCAUAUAGAUUAUAUGGUUUUAAUGGUCAAAAUAAAGAUAAUAAUAUAAAUAAUACAGAAAAACCUAAAUUUUCAGAAUUAGUUCGACAUUUUCGAUUAUUAGAUCAACAUGAACUUGAAACAUUUGAUCAUUUAAAACCAACAUCAGGUUUUGUUAUGUCAUCAAUUGUUGUUGAAGUUAGUAAAUAUUUACCACAAUUAUUACGUUUUCUUUCUCAAGAUAAUCGUGUUAAAUUUAUAAAAAAGAAAAUUCAUUCAUUAAUUGAAUUAAAAGAUAAAGCUGAUGUUAUUAUUAAUUGUACAGGUUUAGCUUCUAGAUAUUUAGUUGGUGAUCAAACAGUUCGACCUGCACGUGGACAAGUUAUUCGUGUUUAUGCACCAUGGAUUAAAUCAGCUUAUUCAUUUGAUACUGACGAAGGUUUUGGAUAUGUUGUUCCACAAUCAGAUCGUGUUGUCUUAGGUGGAACAUUUCAAUUAAAUGAUUGGAAUACUAAAGUAGAUGAAAAUGAUACUCGAAAAAUUCUUCGUAUGUGUGCAAAAGCUUUGCCUGCUCUUGAACAAAUUCAUUCUGGAAGAGUCGAUGUUGGUUUAAGACCUUAUCGAGAUGAUGGUGUACGUCUUGAACAUGAAAAAACAAUUGAUGGUAUUAAUGUUGUACAUUGCUAUGGUCAUUCUGGUGCAGGUGUAACAGUUUCAUGGGGUUGUGCAAAAGAUGUUGUAGACAUAGUUAAAACUUUAUUACCACCUAAUUCAAAACGACAAGAUAAUUUACCUGAACAUGAACAAUUAUGGCGUCUUGUACCAAAUUUUAAAUAUAUUAUAUUACGAGCUAAAAUUUAA